AUGUCAAGAGAUGCAUUGAUGCUGGAUGAAAGCACGUUAAAAGGACGAUAUAUGAAUAGCCUGGGUGAUCUAAGUUUGUCCGUUUCCACAGGCGAGCUGCUAAAAGAUGUGGUUGAAUCUUCUGCAGCAGCUAAACGACAAAGUGUCCCUGAACUGGGAGAUCAAGCCAAAGUGCGUAUACAUGACUCGAGCUUGCCAAAUGCCACUAUGAUUAUUAAAGACAAGAUCGGUAAUGAGGAGGAACGAAAAGCAAUUACCAUGAAAAGAUAUUCCAUGGUUAGUAGAAGUAACCCAAACCAUUUCGAUAGAUAUGGCUUCAAAAAACAAACAGCUUAUGUGACAGAAGUUGAAUAUGACCAUUGGUGGGACUAUUACUCUACGUAUUGCUAUAGACGAAAACAAAAGUGGGAGAGACUUUUUACACAAUUAGGGUUGCCUGUUGAUGACGCACCUACGAGUUUUCCUUCAAGAGGUGAGAAAUUGAAGAGAUACGUAAGAAAAGGAAUUCCUGCUGAAUGGAGAGGCAACGCAUGGUGGCACUUUGCUAGAGGGGAUGAAAAACUAAGCAAAAACAAAGGUGUAUAUGAUAAGCUACUUUUGCAAUUGAAACAUGUACAUGAAAGGAAAGAUUUUGAGGUCAUUGAAAGAGAUUUGUAUAGAACUUUCCCUGACAAUAUUCAUUUUUAUAAGGAGCCCUUCCAAAAUGAGGAUCCUCACAUGAUCCAAUCAUUAAGAAGGAUUUUGCGUGCAUUCUCCAUCUACGAUGAGAAUAUUGGUUAUUGUCAGUCUUUAAACUUUAUUGCAGGCCUCUUGUUGUUAUUUAUGGAUGAAGAGAAGGCAUUUUGGAUGCUAGUGAUUAUUACUAAACAAUAUCUUCCAAAAGUCCAUUCAAUGGACUUGGAGGGGGUUAAUAUUGAUCAAGGAGUUUUAGUACUUUGUAUUAAGCAGUAUCUCCCAGACAUUUGGAGGGAAAUUGAGACAUCCUAUGUAACUCAUAAUGCGGCUCCUUCUAAUAUCCACAAUGAGUAUCUUUAUAGACUACCUCCAAUUACAUUAUCAACAGCAAGCUGGUUUAUGAGCUGUUUUAUAGGUGUUGUUCCCAUUGAAACUACACUAAGAAUAUGGGAUUGCCUUUUUUAUGAAAAGUCACAUAUACUUUUCAAAAUAUCGUUAGGGCUAUUAAAACUUAGUGAAGAUGAACUACUUGGCAAGAAACAUAUUAAUGCGAAACAAGCGAAUUCUUUUUUUGGUUCAGAAACAACGAUUGAGCAAGCCUAUUCUCAAGAGGAUCGAGAUAUUCUCAUGUUUCAAGUAAUACAGACAUUUCCAAGAAAAUUGAUCGAUCCAAACGAACUUUUUGAUCGGAUACUUUCUAAAAAUAGGAUUCCGUUAAAUAAGAUGGGCCAAGAAGAAAUUGAUCGUUGCAGAAAAUAUGUAGCAGGACAACGUAACAAAUUGAGAUAUUUUGACGGCGCACUCGCUGGUAGUACGGUAGGUCUCUCUUCAAACAAAGGAAUAUUUCUUGAAGAUGAGGCGGUAAAUGAGAUAUUACUUUCUGAAUUAUUCGAUUACGAUAAGAAUAGUUUUAGCGGAAUAAGCUGGAACAAUAGACUAAAAGAGAGAGUUCGAAGGAUGAAACUAAAAAAGUAG